AUGACCAAUCUUGAAUAAAUCAAUUAUUUAUAUUGGAAGGGAUGUUAUGGAAAUAAUAUUUAGAGGGUUGGAUAUUGGAUGGCUACAUGGGAUGGAGAGGCUUUGAUAAAUGAUGGAGGGCAUUACAAAGAUGAUGGUAGAAAGGAGGGUAAUUGGGUAGAAAUAGUAUCGACUUUUUGUAAUUUAUGUAUUAUUUUUGAGUAUUAAAUAUUACAGCUUAAGUUUAUGAAAUAGGAAAGUAUGAGAAUGGCUUAAGAAAGGGAAGACGGAAGUAUGUCUAUUAAAAUAAAGAGUUGUAAUUAUAAUUCUUAUCUAAAGAGGAGGUUAUGAGUAUUGUUAGUAAGGGGAAAAGAAAGGACUAUGGAAAGAACUAUAAAAAGGAUUUCAGAAUUGUUCCUAGGUUUUUUAUAAUGGGGAGUACAGGGGUUGUAAGAAAUUUGGUAGAUGGGAUAUAGCUGGAUCAACCCUAUUAAUAAUAAGCCAGAGUUGAUGUAAAAUUUCAUUUAAAGUUGAUAAUUAGUGGUAGCAAAUCAUUAGAUGAAAAAGGAAAUGGUAUUUAAGUAGGUCCUUAGAUCGAGGUGUCAGAUGAAUUUAAUGUUAAUUCUCAAAUAACUUAUAAUGGCGAAUAUAAAAAUGGGAAAAAAGUUGGUAGUUGGGAUAUUAUGCAUAGGGAGCAUUCAAAUUAUACAUUUAAAUUCGUGUAAGUUUUUUUAUGAAUCUAUAUUCUAUUUAGCGGGGGUGGAUCCUAUGAUGAACUAGGCGAAGGGAUUAAAAUAGGUAAAUGGAUUGAGCUAUUCAUGAUUUUUAUAAUAAUUGCUAAGUCACAUACAGGGGGCAGUAUAAAAAUGGAAAAAAAGUUGGUUGUUGGGAUAUUUUGUUUAGGGAUGAUUCUAUUUAUCCAUUUCAAUUAGUGUAGAAUUAUUAUGUAUUAUAUUUAGCGGAGGUGAACCAUAUUAUAUAAUAUGUGAGGGAUUUAAACUUGGUAAAUGAAUUGAACUGUCAGAGGGAUUUGAUGAUCAUUCUUAAGUAAUAUAUAUUGGUGAAUAAAUGGUAAAAAAGUUGGUAAAUGGGAUGUUGUGUUUAGAGAGCAUUCAAAUAAUCAAUUUGAAAUG